AUGUUUACAACAUCACAUCUUGCAAACGAAGUUUAUCCAGAUCUUCAAGGUGGAAAAGUCGAAGAAAGUAUUAAUCAAUCCUCAGCUUUUAACAAUAAGGAUGAUGAUUCUCUUUUUUCAUCGAAACGCAAAAAAAUAAAAGACCAACAACGAUUACUCUUGAAUCAAACAGGAAUUAAUCACUCAAAUAAAACUUCAUUAAGUUAUGAAGAAAUCAAAGAAAAGGCAUCAUCACGAACAUUUAAAUUCUGUCCAAUAUCACCUUGUAAAACUUCAUCAAUUGGAAAAUUGAUAGCUAUCAGUUCAAUAAAAGAUGUAUUAAAUAGGCCAAAAAAUUCACGACAUAUAAAAAUGUUGAAUGAAUUAAAUCUUAGUGCACCUGGAACAAAUGAACCAGUUUUAUUUGAAUCUAAAGUUACAAAAUGGAAUUCUUCAACAAAUAAAAAAUUUUCAAAUAAUUAUCUUGUUUUAACAAGAAAAUGUUUAUUUCAUUUCAAGAGUCCUGAAGAAUCGGCAAAAAUAUUUGAUGGUAUUCCUUUAUGUACUCUUCCUCCAAAAAGUAAAGAUAAUAAUAAUUUACUGGAUUCUUCUGGUGGAGUUCCAAUUGAAUAUAUUAUAUUAACUUUAGCAACAGUAUUUUCAAUAACUGAAUAUCUUACACCUGAACCAACUAUUCGAUUAGAUUAUGUAUCUUCACAAAAGAAACAAUCCUUUAUUACUAUCGUUGCACCAGAUUUACAAAAACAUCGACAAUGGCUUAUCUCUUUACGUUCAGCAGUUAGAAAUUCUAAUUCAAUUGGUCCACAUUUAACUUCUCAACAACGAACAUGGUUAACACAAAAAUUAAUAUCAAUGGAUGAUUUGGAUGAUUUGACGGAAGAAAAUGAAGAAAAUUUAAAACUAUAUCGUGUAUUACUUAAAUCUUUCACAAAUGAAAAAAAUUCUGAUGGAAAUUAUGAAAAAGAAAAAUGUUUACCAGUUUCACUUGUAUUAGGAAAAAAUAAUAUAUAUUUUAUUCCAAUUAAUUUAAUUAACGCUGAUGAGAAAUAUCGAAUGAAUAAAGAAUUAUCAAUUAAUAACUUGGUAUUUAUCGACGAGAUUAAAUUAAAACAAGUUGAUAUCAAAAAAUAUCAAUAUCCUUUAUUAUGUCUUACCAAUAUUAGAUCCGAUAGACACGAUGAUACAUUUCAAUUAACUUUUAUUAAUAAUAAUUCAUUAACGAAAAAAAUAUUAACACUUUCUUCAUUAUUAUUUGAAAUCAUAAUCAACGAAAUUAAAUCAACUAUAGAUUCAAUAAUUUAUUGGUAUCCAAAUCCUUCCUAUCAAAUGCAAAUAUUAUCAUCACCAACUUCUUUUCCGUCUUUAUUAUCACCUUUAUUUUCGCCGAUUUUGCAACCUACUAAAUCAUCAUCACCUUUAACAUCUUUAAAUGAUUUUAACGGACGAAAUAAAACACAAAUGAUUGGAUUAGAAAGAAUGAUAGAAGCUCAAUGUCAUGCUUUUCGAACAUCAAAAGCAAGAAUAUCAUUUAAUGUUGAAUAUGUUAUUGGAACAAAAAAUGAUGAUGAUUAUACAAAUUUUGAAUUAUUAGCUAUAAUUAAUUCACUUAAAUAUCAUCCAUUAUUAUAUGAAGUGAUAUUUAGAAAUAUUAAUUUAUCUAAACUUCAAAUUGAAUCCACAACGACUGGUAAAAAGAUGUUACCUUUAGCAAUAUAUGAAUUAUUAGUCACAAAUCCCAAGUUACGAAAAUUAGAUUUAACUUUUUGUGGAAUUACGGAAGAAACAGUGAUUGCAAUUGGAGAUGCUUUAUCCACAGGAAAAUCUUCCCUAGAAAGAUUAAUAAUUUCUAAUAAUUGUAUAACUAAAGAAGGAGCUCAAGCAUUAGCAAGAGGGAUUAGUGCACAUGGAUUAGGAAUUAAGGAACUUGAUAUUUCAUCUUGUGAAUUAACUCAUGAUAGUUUAAUGUUUAUAUUAAAUGCACUUGACACUAAUAAUAUUGGAGAACUUGAAUCAUUAAAUCUUUCUAAUAAUUCAUGUGAAUUAGAUUUAAAUAUUUUAUCAGAUAUUUUAUCGAAAACAGUAAGUUUACGAACGUUAAAUUUACGUAAUUGUGAUAAAAUGAUUACAGGAUUAAAAAAAAGUAUUCAAUUUGAGGAUUUAAAUUUAACAACAUUAGAUAUUGGAGGAAUUCCAUUAAAUAGUAAAGAACAAUUACGUUCAUUAUAUUCAUAUAUUCAAUCAACAUCAUUUUCCAAAAUAAAAUAUUUUAGUGUAGAUCAUUGUAAUCUUGAUGGACAUGUAUUAGCAAUAAUUCUUUCAUAUAUAUCAUCAUCACCAAAUUAUGAAAAAAUACGAGUUUGGGCGGGUGGAAAUCACAUAACACGUACAUCGGACGGAUGUAAAGAAUUUUGUAAUGCAGUAAGAAAUGAUUGGACUCCAGUAUGGCUAUCUUUAAAUAAUACAAUAUUUGGAUCUAAUAUUGAAUUGGUAGAAAAUAUUUUAACAUCUUUUUAUGAAAAUUCAGUAUUGGAAUUUUUGGAUUUAUCUCAUCCUCAAUUUAAUGAUAUAUUUAGAGGAAAUAAAAGUAUUAAAGAAUUAAUUUUAUUGGGAGAUGCUGAACAAAGAUGGGGACAAUCAUUGGGAAUUCAAUUAUUAGAAUUAGAGAAUAAUAAUGUAUUGGAAAGGUUAAAUGUUAAAGGAAAUGGGAUAAAUAAUAUUGGUGCGAAAUGUUUAAGUGAAGCAUUAAAAUCAAAUACCACAUUAAAAUUAUUGAAUAUGGAUGAAAAUGAGAUCGGAAUUGAAGGAUAUACCUCUAUUUAUAAUGUAAUUUCCACACAUGAAAACACAACACUUCAAGAAUUAGUUUAUCCGAUACAUGAUAUGCAAAUUUAUAUCGAAUCUCUCGAAGAAAAAUUUCCUAGUCCUACAUCACGAGAUAAUUUAUUUAGUUCUCAAUCAAUAAAAUCUAAUCACCGAAUUUCUAUCGAGAAGAAAAAAAUUGAAUUUAAAAAUGUUGUUGGUAAAAUUAUGUUGGAAAUUGAAGAACAUUUAAAAAAUAAUGAAAUUAACACAAAUAAUAUAAAAAAUAAUGGUGAGGUUAAUAUAAUGGAUGAAGAAGAUAAUGAAGAAAUAGAAGUUGGUCAUUUAGAUUCUGAUUAA